AGAAUGAAUUUCAACGAUGUGAUAUUUGUGUAAAUUUUAUAGUUUUUGGUUUUAAUUUAACAAAAUGUACAAAGGUUUUUCGCGAAUAUGGACCGUUUAUUGUAUAGAUAGGCUACAAACUUGCUCUGUACCCUAUACAAGUUCUUUUAAACGAGUGAGAAGUGCUAAGAUAGGAGAGUUAGGUUAUGUUUUUAAAAGAGGCAAGAAACAUGAUAAAGGGAAUCCUUCUGCACUCUUUGUGCCUGUUCCAGUAAAGCCAAACUCUGACGAUAUCAACAUAGGCGAAGAAUUCACAGGUCGACUUAAAAAACAAGAUUUACUUAAGAUUUUGAACAAGUUUUACCAAAAGCCAGAGGUUAGAGUACUUUCAGCAGAAAAUGGUUUAGAUGAUCAAUUAUUGCAUCAAGCGUUUUUAUCUUUUCGGAGACAUUGUUUAGAACAUGACCUGCCUCCAGAUUUACACAUAAUCAUUAGUGAUAUACUAGCAGGUGCUGGCCAUGUUGAUGACUUGUUUCCAUACUUCCUUAGGCAUGCCAGACUGGCUUUCCCUCAUUUAGACUGCUUAGAUGAUUUAAAGAAAAUCUCAGACUUAAGAACUCCUGCCAAUUGGUAUCCUCAAGCAAGAAAUAUAAACAGAAAGAUCAUUUUCCAUGCUGGGCCAACUAACUCGGGCAAGACUUACCAUGCAAUGGAGAAAUUUCUGUCUGCAAAAUCUGGUGUAUAUUGUGGGCCUUUAAAGUUAUUAGCAACUGAAAUUUACCACAAGUCCAACAGCAAAGGGACCCCAUGCGAUUUGAUAACUGGAGAAGAAAGGAGACAUGCAUCACAAUACAACACGAUAGCGGAAAAUCAAGAAGAAGAAGAAGAAGAUGAAACUACCUCAGAAAUAAAAUCUAUGAUACUAAAUGAACCAGAACUGACACCCUCUAAACAUGUUGCGUGCACCGUCGAAAUGACCUCAUUAAAUGAUAUUUAUGAUGUAGCCAUUAUAGACGAAAUACAAAUGAUUGGUGACAGAGGCCGAGGAUGGGCCUGGACUAGAGCCAUAUUAGGUCUACAGGCUGAAGAGAUACAUUUAUGUGGUGAAGCGGGUGCCAUUAAUUUAAUAGAAGAAAUAUGUAACACCACCGGUGAAGAAUUAGAGGUGAGAACAUACAAAAGGCUAACCGAGUUGAAAGUGGAGGGCACCGCUUUGGGUUCGCUGGACAAAGUGCGAGCGGGGGAUUGCAUUGUUUGUUUUAAUAAGAAUGACAUUUACAGUGUAAGUCGAGCGAUAGAACAGAGGGGUCACGAGGUAGCUGUGAUAUACGGUAGUCUACCGCCAGGGACGAAACUCGCUCAAGCCAACAAGUUCAAUGACCCCGACAGCUCGUGCAAAGUCAUGGUCGCCACAGACGCCAUAGGCCUAGGAAUUAACUUGAGCAUACGAAGGAUAAUAUUUUAUUCCCUAGUCAAACCGGUGAUAAAUGAGGACGGUGACAAGGAAAUGGACGUCAUCAGUGUAUCACAAGCUCUACAGAUCGCUGGCAGGGCGGGUCGCUACGGCAGCGCGUGGGAGACGGGCUACGUCACCACGUUCAGGGCAGACGAGCUGGGCACUCUCAAGGAGCUGCUGGGGCGGAGCCCCGACCCGGUGGCGCAGGCCGGCCUGCACCCCACGGCGGAACAGAUGGAGUUAUACGCGUACCAUCUGCCGCAUGCCAGCCUGAGCAGUCUCAUGGAUAUAUUCGUUCACCUCUGCACCGUGGAUGACUCGUUAUACUUCAUGUGCAAUACGUCGGCUUUCAAGUUCCUCGCUGAAAUGAUACAACAUGUGCCUCUGCCGCUCCGAGCACGAUAUGUGUUCUGCUGCGCACCCAUAAAUAAUAAACUGCCCUUCGUCUGUGCUACGUUUUUGAAGAUGGUCCGGCAAUACAGUCGCAACGAGCCGAUCACGAAGAGAUGGAUGUGCAACGUGGUGGACUGGCCGCUCCCCUCGCCCAAGACUAUCAUGGACCUCGUGCACUUGGAGGCCGUGUUUGAUGUGCUAGAGCUGUACUUGUGGUUGAGCUACAGAUUCCCCGACAUGUUCCCGGAGGUGCGGCUGGUGCGGGAGAUGGAGACUGAACUGGACGGCCUUAUACAGCAGGGCAUCUUCCAGAUCACAAGGUUACUAAGAAACUCUGAGGAGGUUAUGAAGGAAGAUAACGGCGAAGCGCGAACCGUGAGAGGCAAAACUCUCUCGCCCGGGAGAGAUGAGGCCAGAGGGAAACUGUCAGACAUGCUUGUGGCUAGGGGUCUCAUCACACCGCAGAUGCUGAAAAAACUGCAACAGGAGUUGACAUCGGAGAACGGGGACUUAAGUCCGAGGAGUCGGAAAGGCUCGAGGGGGAGAAAGAAGUGAAUAUACUGUAUAGUGUGUUAUAUUAUGUGAAUGUGUUGAAUUGAAUGAAUGCUGAAUAAAUUGUUAGUAGUUA